AUGAAGCGGAGGCACCGAGUGCGUAUCAAGACAUGGAUAGCGCUGGUCUUUGUUUUGGUGAAGUUGAUGGGGGCCUUUGUGCCACCACCGCAGGUGGCAUCAGCGAGACUGCGGGGCCUCAUUGAGCGUCCUCAAUUUAUUGGGUCUAGCAUUGUGAAAGAGGAUUUGCGCCCACGCCUGACCCAUUGCAGAGCUUUGGAUGUGAGGGUCUGGCAAGUCAUUGUUUCUGCUUCGGGUCUUGUUGUAGCGACAACACAGGCAGUGCGGGCAUUCAAAGCCUCUUCCGAGGGCAAAAUCCGAGCAGCAGUGGCAAAGGCCAUGAAACCUUUUGAACCCAGCAG